AUGUCAAUGAAGAUUGAGUUUGAUAUGACGGAUUUAGGGAAGAUGAAAUAUUUCCUUGGUGUAGAAGUUCUGCAAAAUUCAGACGGCAUAUACUUAAGUCAGAAGAAAUAUGCUUAUGAGCUACUUGAAAAGUUUGGAUUGCAGAAUUGUAACUCUGUUAAGAAUCCUAUAGUUCCUGGAUUUAAGCUGUCAAAGAAUGGAGAAGGUGUUAGGGUGGAUGCUACUGCUUACAAGCAAUUAAUUGGGAGUCUCAUGUACAUUACUGUAACGAGGCCUGAUUUAAUGUAUGUAGUAUGUCUCUUGAGCAGGUAUAUGGCUAAUCCUACUAAGUUGCAUAUGCUGGCAGCAAAGAGGGUUCUUCGUUAUAUAAAGGGGACAACGGAGUUAGGGGUGUUUUAUAAGAGAAUGGAUGACGAAGAAUUGGUGGCUUACACUGACAGCGAUUAUGCUGGAGAUAUUGAUGAUAGAAGGACCACAUCCGAUUAUGUAUUUUUACUGUCUGGUGGAGCAGUCUCAUGGGCAUCAAAGAAGCAGCCUGUUGUAACAUUGUCCACCACUGAGGCAGAGUUUGUGGCAGCCUCCUCUUGUGCUAGCCAAUGUGUGUGGAUGAGAAGGGUGUUGGAGAUUGGGCUCUCACAAAACAAGUGUACUGUUACUAUGUGUGACAACAGUUCAACAAUUAAAUUAUCCUAA